CGGGAAUCAAUUUUAGUGCUUGAAAAUCUAGAUACUUACCUUUCCUUUUUUCCGUUCCGAUUCCCUGGCGACCAUUGUCGUACCUUUUUCCCAGACCACACGAGCAAGAUUUCUCGGCUUGAUUCGUAACUGUAGUAGUCGGCCGUCUUAACACCAUUCUUUUCUUCCUGUUUGUUUCCCUGGAAACCGCUUUGAUUCCCGUUGUUCUUACUCUGUUCUCGCGACUUCGUGUCCUGAAGCUGUUUGUUUCUUCUUGAUCUACCGUAUUCCGAAACUUUGAGGAUAAUGGAUAACUUUCAAAACGACGCCCUUGAAUACGUCGUUGAUGACUACUACGACGACUCUGAUUUCGAGAAUUCCUUCGGUGAGCCGGAGCCUCAAAGAAACAACGGCGACUUUGAGUCCUUAGAUUCGGACUUUGAAGACGAUUUUGAAACAAGUAAGUCAAAAACUGAUACAUCGGCUUUAGAAGCUAGAAAUGGAAAAGAUAUACAGGGAAUUCCUUGGGAGAGGCUUAAUUUCACCAGAGACAAGUACCGUGAGAUGAGAUUGAGACAAUACAAGAAUUACGAAAACCUCUCCCUCUCUCGUGAGGAGAUUGAGAAGGAUUGCUUGCAAGUAGAGAAGGGGAAGACAUUCUAUGACUUCCAGUUCAACACUAGGCUUGUCAAAUCUACAAUUGUGCAUUUUCAGCUGAGGAAUUUGUUAUCGGCAACAUCAAAGCAUGAUGUAUACCUUAUGCAGAAUUAUUCUGUCAUGCACUGGUCAUCAAUGCUACGACGGGGCAAAGAAGUUUUGAAUGUCGCUAAACCAAUUGUUCCCACUCUCAAACGUCCUGGAUUGUUAUCUCAGUCACUCUCUAGAGUGCAGAUAAGCACCAUGGCAGUUAAAGAGAACUUGAUGGUGGCUGGGGGUUUCCAUGGGGAACUUAUUUGCAAGUAUAUAAAUCAACCUGGCGUUGCAUUUUGCACCAAAUUAACAUCUGAUGAGAAUGCGAUCACCAAUACUCUGGAUAUCUACCGUAAUCCUAGUUGGGCAAUGAGAGUUGUGGCAGCAAACAAUGAUGCUCAAGUUAGGAUUUUUGAUGCUGAAAAUUUUGCUUGCCUUAACUGCUUUUCAUUCGACUGGUCUGUAAAUAAUACUUCUGUUAGUCCAGAUGGUAAACUGUUUGCUGUCCUUGGGGACAGUGUUGAGUGCCUGAUAGUUGAUGCUCAGUCUGGAAAAGUAACCGGGAGCCUGAAAGGGCAUUUGGAUUAUUCUUUUGCUUCAGCCUGGCACCCAGAUGGUCGAAUUCUGGCCACUGGGAAUCAGGACACUACUUGCCGGUUAUGGGACAUAAGGAAUCUAUCAGAGUCUCUGACUGUGCUGAAAGGAAGGAUGGGUGCAAUUAGGGCUGUCAAAUUCACAUCAGAUGGUCGGUUUUUGGCCAUGGCUGAGCCAGCAGACUUUGUUCAUGUCUUCGAUACAGAAUCAGGUUAUGUCAAUUGUCAAGAAAUUGAUAUGUUUGGAGAGAUUGCUGGAAUAUCAUUUAGCCCAGACACAGAAGCUCUGUUUGUUGGAGUUGCAGAUCGCACCUAUGGCAGCUUGUUAGAGUUCAACCGCAAGCAUUAUAAUCAAUAUCUGGAUUCCAUUUGGUAGUUACAUUUUAGCUUUACCUACAUAGGCAGGCAAUGUGUAUAUUUAGUGGAGGUUUCUGAUUUAAGACGUUCCUUCUUGAAGUGCCCGGGUAAAUUGGGUUGUAUUUUCCUCCCAGGGCAUGAGUGGCUACGAUGGUUUCUAUAUAUAUAUAUAUAUAUAUAUAUGCUUAAAAUAUAUGGAAAUUUUGCUUUUGUAAAGGUCUAGUUUGUUAUUCUGUACAUUAGAUGGACUUGUGUUAGAAUUCAUUUUCUAAAAAUGGCUAUAAUUUGUCUCUGAUCUGUGAUCUCUGCGUGUUGUAUAGAUAUGAGAUUGAGUUUUUCCUGUUAAAUUAUAAUUUCAAAUCAAUUUUGCAGUAUUUU